UCAUCGUUCCCUCGCACUCAGCGAGGGUUUCUAGGUACGGCUGUAUCGCGUAGGUUGAGCGGGAAUCGAAAUAGCAUAAAUAUCCUUCCCAAUAUUCAAUGGUUUUCGACCUCACAUUUGACACUUUAUCAGCAAAUUACGAUGAAAAAAAUACAGACGAGAAUAGAAAUCCGAAUCCAUGGUGGUAUUUUGGAGGUCAUAUUCGGAUGAAUCGCGACGGCGGCGGCCUCCGUCCCGCUCUGCGCCUUCCAUUUUCUCCGCCCAAACCUAAAAGAUGAUGAAAUUCUCCCGCUUGCUCAAUCAUUCAAGGCUAUAUGGAUAUUGUCCCGUUCGGACCAGAGCGGUCUGUCUCCCACAUGCUUGCUGCUCUCAUGGCCUUCCUUCCUCUGCCAUUCUUCUCUUCAACGCCCAUACUCUCGCACUUCACCGUGACGAGGAAAAUGACAACAGAAGGAAGACCGACCACAAAUUUGGCUGCUUUGGUGGUAGUUUCUUCGUCUCUGGCUUACGCCCAGCAAGGUUAUUUCGAGGGAGGCAUUUUUGCUACGGACCAACGUCGAUGCCUUCAAUUGAAGAGGAACCUUCAACCUCUUCUUACUUCUCCGUUCGCAUUCAAUGCAGUAGGGAGUUUGCAGCAAGGUCAAGCUUUCUGGCAGGAUAUGUUGUCAGAAGCUCUCUUAUGCUUUGGAGCAAGUUCUUCCAGCAUUGAAGAUGCCGAUGAUUCUGAAAAUCUCGACGUAGAUGAUUCUGCAAACCUUGACAAGGUGUUGAUAACAUCAAUAUUCACAGAUGGUGAAGCUGUCAACAAGUGCAUCUCACUUGCAUCCAGUUCUAUAGGGAUGAAGGAGGUUCCAAGUUUUGAAGUCAAAAAGUGUGAACAACGUGAUUGGAUAAAAAAUUUUGAGGAGACUUUUCACCCUGUAAAGAUUACAGACUCGUUCUGGGUCAUCCCUCAGUGGACAGGUCCUCAGGAUGUUCAUGCAACCAAUAUUAUUCUGAAUCCAGGAUUGGCAUUUGGUACAGGAGAGCAUCCUACAACAAAAUUAUGCUUGUUGCUGUUGAAUGAGGUGGUGGCAGGUGGAGAAAAUGUCUUGGACUAUGGCACUGGUUCUGGGGUACUUGGUAUUUCAGCUAUCAAGCUUGGAGCUGCUUAUUCUCUUGGAGUUGAUGUAGAUCCUCAGGCAAUACUGUCAGCAUCACAGAAUGCAACCUUGAAUAAUAUUGGACCAGACAAGUUGCAGUUGUACUUGACAACUUGCAAAGUUCCUCCUUCCUUAAUUGAUAGCAUGCAUGAAAGGGAUAAAAAGGGGAAUCCUUAUAUUGUUAAUUUCAUUCAACGUAAUGUGCAAUAUGAUAUCGUUGUGGCAAAUAUAAUUCUAAAUCCGCUCUUGGAGUUGGCAGAAAAAAUUACCUCGUAUGCAAAGUCAGGAGGCACUGUUGGAAUCUCCGGUUUCUUGGUGGAGCAGCUUCCACAGAUUGAAGAAUGUUAUUCUACCUUCUUGGAGAACAUGUCUAUAACAGAGAUGGAUGGUUGGGUCUGUGUCAGAGGCACCAAAAAGUUAUAAGAUGCCUUUGGUUUUAAGGUUAAUAUUGAAGCCAACAAACAUGCAACACAUGGAAGAUUCUGUUAACCUACAUCACAAAUUUUAUGAUUUCUUCCAGCAACUCUGCAAGGUUCUGAAAAUCAUGCCAUGAAAAGCUAUGCCCACAUGAGUUGGAAUGUAAGGCUUGAUGUUCGUCAUUGUUUUACAAGUAUUGCCAGUUUAUUAUGUACAUAUUGAUGUGAAAAUGCUACUAUUUCUGCUAUUGUUUCUGUCCAAGGUUAUUUUUUCAAUGCCAUUAUUGUUGCUUGUCA